AUGAUGGACGCAUGGGCAGCGCAAAAUGAGAAGUUCUGGACUAGCUGCACUGGACAUGUGGUUUCUCAAGUUUAUUGUCUUUUCAUGCUGAUGGACGAUCUUGAAUCUGGGAUGCAACAGCUUCGAACCGUUCGAACAACUACAUAUAAGAAAUUAGUCACGGAAGAAGUAUGCUCUGCACUGAACGGAGACGGUGCACUGGCAGAUCGGCGGUCGGAAAGGAUUUGCUAG